GUGAAGACACGCUCGGAAUGUUUGUUCGUACUUUGAAUCAUUUUGGUAACCCCGUACAAACCUUCGGAGUAGUCCUUCCCUUCAGCACCGCCUGCCUCCUGUUGGCCUUUCUCGGCGGCUGUUGCCGCUUUGUGCUCGGCUUUCUAAAGGGAAAAAAUAAGAAACAUACCGGUAAGCUUUCGAGUCUACUUAAAACAGAAUCUGGGGUUUACCUUGGCUGCUUUGGCCGCAUCUUUCGCAGCCUUCUUGGCGGCUUUCUUAGACUGUUCUUGCUCUUCUACAACGGCUUCCGCUACCAUGGUUACUAUCUUUCUCCGGUCUUUUUUUUACCGAUACUGAUGGAAACUCAAAACGUAUAUCUUAUCUAGAAAGAAAAAUUUCGGUUAAGGUCAUAGAGUUUUAAAGGGAAAACCAAAAUAAAGUGGCUGUAUACAAUUGAAAAAAAAAAAAAAAGAGAACUCGGCCGUUGCUGGUUUGCUUUAAUCAAUCGAAAGUUCACUGUCACGGUCGCGUGAAAGACCGUAGCCGCCGCAAAUAAUGGUCACAAAUGUAAACGCCGAUCGUGGGCAGAGCUUCUACGUCAUUAUGUUAUUCUGCUGCUCUAUUUUUAGCAGACGUAUCGUAGUCGCGGUAGGAAGAGCAGCAUCUUUUCCGAUUGGCUACUGACGACGUCAUAGACGUUAAUACAUUGGAUCUUUAAACUUGCUAUGGACAAAUUGAUCCUCAGAAAUAUUUCGGUGUAUUGUUUUGCUUGAACCGUAAUUUUGCCUUAUAUCUACCUGUACUUGACCUAAGACAUCUUAAAAUAAUAUGACCAAUUUCUAAAACCAAUCUCACUAUCCAACUACUGCCGGCAUGCGGUAAACACAGUUUAACUUACAUAAUACUGCGUUGGUAUUAGUAAAAACCGCAUACAGACGAAACUAACGGUGAAUAGUAGGCGCUACUGUCAGACGGCAAAGCCAAAAAAAAAUAAUGCAGCGUUUCCGACAAUCGCGACAAUGUUGCAUCAUUCUGUUUCUUAUCGGAAAUAUUACCAAAGAUUGGAUGCUAUCAAAAAACAUUUCAAUUGCCACGACUGUAUUUCUCGUUGCUCAAUUAAACAUAGGAUUUUUUCUGUCACAUUUUAAAAACUCCCUUCCGGUACAACAGUUUCACUUCUUAACCUAAAGCGAAUAUCCGUAAUAUACUGAUAUCCAAACUAUUCUGCGAAAUAAAAAAAACUCACUUGAAACAAGUAUAAAACUGCCGAUAAUCACACUUUAUUACACGCUGUUGACGAUAUAUAUAGCAUAAUCUUGAUUUUUCACCUUACUGGGAUGCACGAGAAAAAUCACCUCUUUGCGAAGCACAACCUACACGUCGCGAGUUUCACGUAUGGAUUGAAAAUCUUGCGGCUGGCCGAACUGCUGAACUGUCAUUUGAGUGCAUUAGGUUUAGCUACACAAAAUCUCGAACAUUUCUCUAUGAUACGAAAGUAGUUUCUCCAUAGUGCCAACUAGAAAAUGUCCGAAACAAAAGCUAGAAAAGUUCUUGCCGAAUUAGUAAAGAAAUCUGGCAUUACUUACUCGGUGGACAAUGUUCUCACGAUUUUUCGCAACAAGGAUGGCAAAUACAACAACAAGCGACUCGGAGCUCUUCUAUCGCAGAUAUUUAAAACAACCCCCAACGGGGCAAAGUACGUGGAAGAAUUCGUGUCCUCCAAUCCGAAAGAUUCCUACAUGGCACUAGUCGUCUUGCUGAACACUUUUCUGCAGGAUUGCAAACAAAUGCAGUCUGAGAAGUCAGCGUUGGCGCAGCAGCAGCAGCAACAACAACAAUCAGCAAUAGUAGGCGACUCCGUUUCGAAGCGAGCUGCCAUGUUCGAAAGCCCUCCGCUGUCGUCAACCAGAAUUGUUUCCGAUCAGGUAACUCCAGAGAAUGUGCAAGAGAUUAAGGAAAAGAUUGUGCAGGCGGUUACGAACCGUUCAACAGGAUCGAUUCCAGCUGCCUUGGUGUCGCACAACUAUGAGUACAUCGGUAGCCGGAAAGGAGCUAUGGUUUCCUGGAACUUCAACUACGAAGAACUGUACCCGAUGCAGAACAAAAACGUUUCUGCUAUUCCUUUAAGUUCCCAAGAACCGAUCGUUUUGAAAGAGCUGCUGGACUGUCUGAUGGGUGUGAAGGGUUCCCUGAUAUCACCGAAAAAGCGCACCACACCGUUCAAUCCCGUGGAAUUUCAAGUUUCUGAUCAAAUAGAAGAAUCUCUAAAGGAUAUUGUACGGGAAAUUCUCCCGCUAGCAUCACACUAUUCUCAAAUUCAGGAUUUCGUCGCCGCCUCAAGUUCACUGGAAAGUGGACAGGUUUUACACGCUCUGCGUGCCGCCCUGCAAAUCAUCAUCAACGAUUACUAUCUUUCCAUAACCCAACUGGAGGAACUCUUUCUUAAGCAGCAGCUUACUUUCCACAAGCUGCUGUACUUUCUGCGUCCGGUGUUCCACACGAUGGAAGUCCUAGCGGACUCGGUAAGCACGAUUCGGCAAACAAACUCGAAAGGGGGAAGUGUACUGACGCUGCUGCAUGAUAAAAUAACUUCUACCACGGGAGACGAGAAGAGUCAAAAGGUGUUGAUACAUCUGCUGGAAAUGGCCGCUGUACCGUACAUGGAAAUGCUACAGCUUUGGAUUCUGGACGGCGUGAUUCAUGACACCCGUCGAGAAUUCUUGAUCGAACACAACGCAAUGGAUCUGAACGAGAAUGAGCUGAUGGAUUACUGGGAGAAGCAGUACACAAUCCGACUAGACAAGGUGCCUUGUUUUCUGAACAAGUACGCGGAUGUGAUCCUUCGCACUGGAAAGUACCUGAAUGUUAUUAGAGAGUGUGGGAGCUCUGCGGAUUAUCAACAACAAAGCACAAUCACUCUGAAGUACACUCACACCGAGCAGACGUACAUCACGGCCAUCGAAAAUGCGUACAAUUUCGCGUCCUCUUCUUUGCUUAACUUAAUUAUGAACAAGUACAACCUGAUAGGAAGGUUGCACUCCGUGAAGCGCUACUUCCUGCUGCAGCAGGGUGACUUCAUUUCGCAGUUUAUGGACGCUUGCGAGGAAGACCUGAACAAGGAUGUAGACAAUUUGCGUCCUAUGCGAUUGGAAAAUCUACUGGAGGUUACGCUGAACAUGUCAUCUGCGCGAUACGAUGAGUAUCAUGACGAUCUGAAAACGAUGCUGCUGCCGUACGGAAUUGUUACACAGAUUUCGAAAAUCGUCAAAAAAGAAGACGUUUUUCUGGACACGUUGGGUGACACGUCCCAGCUCAAGGGAAUUGAAUGUUUCACCUUCAGCUACAAUGCACAGUGGCCAGUUUCGAUCGUGCUGAAUCGGUGGACCAUCUCAAAGUAUCAGAUGAUCUUCCGACAGUUAUUUUAUCUGAAGUAUGUCGAACGAAUUCUGUGCCGCGUUUGGAUUGCCAACAACCGGACCAAACUGUUUGCUCCUCAAACGGCCAAACUGUAUCGAUCGGCGUUUACAUUGCGCCAGAAAAUGCUGAUCGCUAUUCAGAACUUCGAAUCGUAUAUGAUGAUUGAAGUUAUCGAACCCAAUUGGCACAUUUUCUAUCAGAACAUUAAACAGAUAAAGAAUAUCGAUGACGUCCUGAACUACCAUCAGGACUUUCUAGAUCAAUGCAUAAAAAACUGCAUGCUAACGGAUCCGGACCUGCUGAAAUCAAUCAUCAAUCUGUGCAACAUCUGCAUCCAGUUCUGUGCAUUUUUGGCGGAGGCACAGCGUCAUUUCGUUGAUGCCGAACUUGGUUCGAUGUUGGCAUCUACCGAUGACUUUUCGCUGUCCUCUGAGUCCGACUAUGACAUUGCAUGUCAGCAGGUAGACGCUACAUCGAUGGAACCAACGGAAACUUUCUCAGCUCGGGUCGAACAUUUUCGUACCGAUUUUACCGAGCAGCUGAUGGCACUGUUGCGCAAAAUAACCGAUAUUGCCACACAAAAUCCAUCGGAAAAGUUCAUUAACCUCAUCCACAGGAUCAACUUCAACUCCUACUAUAGCGAUAACUUUGAUAGUUAGAAACUAUCAACCGAAUAAAAAGUGUCAUUGCCAAAGCGUACCUGUUGGUUCCUUAUCACAGAGAAAAAGAAAUAAUAAAACGCUUACUGCAAUAGCUAGCAUAAUUAUCACUGUGUUGCCGCUCUCUACCUGCUGAAAAUUCGGUCCAUUUAGUGUCACAUUCGUCAAUAAACGGUAAUUUUAUCUAAUCGAGCAAAUCGACCAAUUAUUUUA